GUAGUUUUUUCUCCCAAGGAACUGGCCUCCCAUUUUCCAUAGGUUUCGCGAGGUUUGCAUGGGCGGUAGUCUGCAUUUCUCUGCAGGAAGAAUUGAAUAAUACUGGCAUGAAAUUCGUGUUCAGUAGCAUUUGAAUGUCUGGAGGCAUGUCCAAGAAAAGGGGCAGGAAACGGAGCAGCGGGGAGCUGAGCGACACCAUGACCCCGGACCCCAACUGCAUCCUGGGAGUGCGUAUCCAGCACAACUGGCAUGAGAAAGGCACCCAGAGCAAGUGGAAGGGCACAGUGCUGGACCGUCUGGGGGUCAACCCUGCCCUCUUCAUGGUCAAGUACGACGGCUUCGACUGCGUCUACGGCAUCGAGCUGUUCAAGGACGAGAGGGUGUCCAGCCUACAGGUGCUCUCAGAGAAAGUGGUCAACAACCGGAUCAGGGUUCCCCCCGGGGCUGAGGAGCUGGUGGGGAAGGCGGUGGAGCACCUGUUUGAGAAGGAGGACGGGGAGAAGAACGAGUGGAGGGGGAUGGUUCUGUCCCGCGCCCCCAUCAUGACCCACUGGUACUACAUCACCUACGAGAAGGACCCGGUGCUCUACAUGUACCAGCUGUGGGACGACUAUGCAGACGGAGACCUGCGCAUCCUGCCUGAGGCCGAGAACAAGCACCUGCUCCCAGCUGACCGUAAGCCUGGGGAGGAAACAGAGAGCCUUGUGGGUAAGCAGGUGGAGUACGUGACUGACAAGGGGGUGAAGAGGACCGGCCUGGUGAUCUACCAGGUCCCAGCCAAGCCCUCCGUCUACUAUAUCAAAUAUGACGAUGACUUUCAUAUCCACGUCUAUGACCUGGUCAAGACCACCUAGAGACAGAUUCCUUCCCCCCAGUCAUCACCCCCCUUCGCUCUCUCAGUGUGGCCUGACCUCACAGAGAGAGAAACUUUUAUUUUAAUGUUUGUGGUUUUAAACCAGUAUGCUUUCAUCUUUCAGCAGGUGUAACCUCUUUAGUUUCUGUCAUGGUUAAUGCUGAGCGGAACUGUAGCAAUGCCAGGUUUGGCCACUAGAGGGUGGUUGUAGGGAGGCUCAGGGGAAGCCGUCUGGAGGGAUGGUGUGAGCAGGCUCUGGCUGGGUGCUCUGGACCACUUGCUAACACUUAGCCUCAUACAAGCUUACACGAACAAUGUAGUAUUAUUAUUAUUAUUAAUAAUAUAAAUUAUAUGAAUGUUAUUGGGAAAGCUGCCCCCCAAAAAGCCAUUCUGGUCCCAUAUGGGCCAGAGAGGCUUGUGGUCCCAUAUGGGCCAGAGAGGCUUGUGGUGUGGAAGAGCAGAACAGGAACCACGUUCGUGUGCAGCUGUUAUUUAUUAACGACUUCAUCGACAAUCAUUUAUUAUUAUCAGAGCCACAGUUUGUAUCACCACACACACACAUACUGUACAUACACACACACACACACAUACUGUACACACACACAAACACAUACUGUACACACACACAUAACGUACACACACACACAAACACACACAUACUGUACAAACUCGUAGGGUUGUACAACCUGAGCAGAACAGCAAAUGAGUUGGUCUGGCAGGGGAGACCACGGUAACCACGGUGACCACGGAGACUAGACUAGUCUGAGAGGUCCUCAGUAACGA